AUGAUUUAUGUGGAUCCGGCAUGCCAACUCUUCCAUUUGGCAGCCGCUUCUGGAAGUGUAGAAAAUCUCAAGACCCUUCUUGCAUUUAUGCCAACAAUCAAUCUUAACAGUUGCGAUGAUGUUGGAUGCACAGCGCUUCACAAGGCGGCUUCAGGUGGCCACAGGGAGAUUAUCCACUUCCUCAUCUACCACGGAGCUCAAGUCGACGCUCAGGAAUACCUCGUAAGUGCUAGUAAUUAA